CUGGCAACACGAAUUCGUUCCAAGCACACCGUCCUCCAGCUGAAAUGUGCAGCUAAUUAGAAAAUUGUUAUUUAACAACAUAAAUCACUAAAGUAUUGAAUUAAAAACGCUGAAACAUGUCGAUUGUGAAACGUGUGCAGCAAUGGGCAACCUUUGCGAGAACUUGGCACGUCUAUGAUUGCACCUGGCAAAAUCCCUUCGAGUCGGCGCUGCUAAUAAAGACACAUUUGAUGGGCUUGCAUAAACCCAUCUAUCAUCCAAUGACAAACACACGUUCAGUUAGCACUCAUCGACGCAUUCUACAACAACCUUUCGCCAGUAGCAGUUCACUGAUUUACGCUCAACAGCAACGCAAUAUGGGUCGUUUAAGUAAAGUAGAUCCCAGCUCUUAUUCCGAGCCCGAGCGCAUUGUUACCAAACAUAGCGCCUUCAAAUGGACCGUCGAUUUUACAAAUACAAAGCUGUUGGGCAGUGUAACGCAUAAAUUUAAUGUGUUGGAAGCAAACUUACCGGCUAUUCUGUUGGAUGUACGUGACAUCAGCAUAAAGAAUGCAUCUAUACUCUGUAGUGGCGGCUCAGCCAUACCCAUCAACUACUUUAUCAGUGAUCCAGUGGAUGAUAUUGGUGCUAAGUUGACAUUGGAGCUACCGGAGGGUACUGCUAAGGGAGACCUACUCGUACGCAUCGACUAUGAAACUUCCAAUCGUGCUAGCGGUCUGCAAUGGCUCACACCCGAACAAACACUGGGCAAGCAACAUCCAUAUCUAUUCAGUCAGUGUCAAGCGAUUCACGCACGUUCUGUAUUGCCAUGCCAAGAUACGCCCGCCGUAAAAUUCACCUACGAGGCUACAGUGGAACAUCCAAAGGAGUUGACUGCCCUGAUGAGUGCUUUAGUUGAAAAGAAGGAAACCGGUGUAACCAAAUUCAAGCAGGAAGUACCCAUACCAGCAUAUUUGUUGGCUAUAGCAAUCGGCGAUUUAGUUUCGCGUCCACUCGGUCCCCAAUCCAAUGUCUGGGCUGAAGCUGGUAUUGUAGAAGCGGCCGCGGAAGAGUUCUCCGAAACGGAUAAAAUGUUGAAAACCGCAUCGGAUAUUUGUGGACCCUAUGUUUGGAAGCAAUACGACUUGCUCGUGAUGCCACCAUCUUUUCCUUUUGGUGGUAUGGAGAAUCCUUGCCUAACCUUUGUAACGCCAACAGUGUUGGCUGGUGACAAGUCUUUAGCUGAUGUAGUGGCGCACGAAAUUGCGCACAGUUGGACAGGUAAUCUAGUAACAAACAAAAACUUUGAGCAUUUCUGGUUGAAUGAGGGUUUCACGGUAUUUGUGGAAACGAAAAUCGUGGGACGCUUGCAAGGCGAUAAGGAGCGCGACUUUCAUAUGCUGCGCAAUCUGACUGAGCUGAGAGAGUGUAUACGCACCCAAUUGGCCAACAACCCUGAACUCACUAAGUUGGUGGUGGAUCUUUCGAACUGUGGACCAGACGAUGCUUUCUCCAGCGUGCCCUACAACAAGGGCUCAACAUUCUUACGCUACAUUGAAGAUUUGCUGGGAGGACCAGAGGUCUUCGAGCCAUUCCUACGUAGUUACUUGCAAAAGUACGCCUACAAAUCGGUUGUGACUGAUGAUUUCAAAAGUGCCUUAUAUGAUUACUUCAACAAUACCGACAAAAAGGAUAAGCUAACCGAAAUCGAUUGGGACUUGUGGCUUAGCCACGAGGGUAUGCCACCAAUAAUACCAAAAUUCGAUGAAACACUCGCUGCUGUUUCGGAACAAUUAGCGAAAUUGUGGAGCACCAAGUCCACCACUGAGUUACGCGCUGACUCUGAUAUAACUAAACCGAUUUCUUCACAUCAACUAAUCGAUUUCCUCGGCAAAUUAAUCGAAAGCAGCGAAAUUGUUGAUUUGAAUGCGGAAAAAAUCGAAUUCCUAGAGAACACUUACAAGCUAAAGGACACCAAAAAUUCCGAGGUGCGUUUUCGGUUUUUGCGUUUAGUCAUUAGAGCGCGGUUGCUGAAACGUAUCGAUGAGAUUAUUGCAUUUGCCAAUUCCAACUUCCGCAUGAAAUUCUGUCGUCCCAUAUAUCGUGACUUGGGACAAUGGCCGGAGGCUAAACCUAUUGCGAUUAAAAGCUUCGAGAGUGUCAAAAAUCAAAUGAUGGCGGUUUGUGCGCACACCAUCGAGAAGGAUUUGGGCUUGAAAUAAGCAUUUAUUAGCUCUUACUUUUUUUUAUAAAUCGUUAAACUAAUGUAUUAACUGGACGCAUAAUAUUUUUUUUAUUAAACAAAGUGUUUAACCAAAGAAAA